AUGAGAUCCCUUUCUAAAACCUGGAAUUCUCUCUUGUCACAUCCCUCCUUUAUCGAAUCUCAUCUCAAUCGUUCAAAGGGUACCAACGAUGCAAUCCUUCUGAUAAAUGAAGACGAGGGUGUAAUUUACAACUGGUUUCCUGUGCAUGUGUUUAGUGUUAUAAAGGGUUCUUGGGAACCAAUCACCGAAAGGUUUCCAUCCCAUGCUUUAGCCAUUCGUAAGAUAAAUGAAGUUUUUGUAGAUGGACACGACGACCGUCUUCAUUACCUUUGUCUUGUUACUUAUCAUGCUGAUUGGACAGAAGAAACAAUCGUUGCCUUUGAUUUGGGUGAUGAAACUUUUAGUGAGAUGUCACUCCCGGAUUGGGGACACGAUUAUCGUAGGGAAAACGAGCUAGGAUUUUUGUCUCAAAAGCUUUGUGUAAUGUCGUGCAUUGGCAAUGGUGAUUGUGAGGUGUGGGUGAUGGAAAAUUACGAGGUGGCUACUUCUUGGGUGAAACGAUACGUAGUUCCUAAAUAUGACGGUGACAAUAUUAUUCCAAUUGGAUUCACUUUAAACAGUGAGUUUGUGUUUGAACAUGGUAUUCAUCUAGCACUUCUUGUUUGGCCGGUAACACUUACUAAAUGGGCCUAUAAUAAUGAUGAUGGCUGCAAGUCUUCAUCACAGAUUGAAAAGAAGCAAGAUUUGGAUGAUUGA